AUGAUCUCUGCUAUAGCGAACUUCUUGGAGUAUGAUGUGUAUGAUCUUGAGCUGACGACGGUGAAGGAUAACUCAGACUUGAAGAGGUUGUUGUUGGAUACAAAAAGGAAGUCUAUAAUUGUGAUUGAAGAUAUAGAUUCUUGUAGUGAUGAGAAGAUUAUGGUGUUUACUACCAACUUUGUGGAGAAUCUUGAUCCGGCUUUGAUAAGGAGAGGAAGGAUGGAUAAUCAUAUUGAGAUGGGUUAUUGUAGGUUUGAAGCGUUUAAGGUUUUGGCUAAGAACUACUUGGAGAUUGAGUGGCAUGAGUUGUAUGGAGAGAUGGAGAGGUUGGUGGAGGAGAUAGAUAUGUCUCCUGCUGAUGUUGCUGAGAAUCUGAUGCCUAAGUCUGAUGAAGAGGAUGCUGAGGUUUGUCUUAGGCGUUUGGUUAAGUCUUUGGAGGAAGAGAGGGAGAACUCGAGUAAGUUAGCUGAGGAGGAGGAGGAGAAAAAAGCGGAGUUGGAAGCUAGGAGGAAGAAGAAGAUGAAGAAGAAGGCAGAUCUGGAAGUAAAGGAGAAGGCGGCAGAUUAA